ACUACAUAAAUAUUUAUAGGCUGCAGAGUGCAAAUGCUCGUUGUCUAGAGACACUCAAUCAGUUGAUCCAAACACCAUGAUCCUACAAGUUAUAUUCAACAGCCUUGAUUUUAAAUGCUGGGUUUUUUUAUUUGUUGUUUUUCUGCUUCUAGUAGAUGUUAUUAAGAAUAAGAAUCCGUACAAUUCUCCCCCGGGACCUUGGCCUUUACCAUUCCUGGGAAAUGUCUUUACUGAAAUGGAUUUUAAGACCAUGGAUAAGUUGACUGAAGUCUAUGGGAAGAUAUUCAGCUUAAAAGUGGGCAGUCAGAAAAUGGUAAUAGUGUCUGGAUACAAACUGGUAAAAGAGGCCCUGAUUGGCCAGAUUGACUGCUUCGUCGACCGACCAAAAAUUCCUCUGUUUGACAAAUUUUUUAAGGGACUAGGGAUGAUAUCGAGUAAUGGAUACAUGUGGCACAUGCAUAGGAAGUUUACUGUAUCCCAUCUACGAACCUUUGGAGAGGGAAAGAAAAGCCUCGAGCUUGGCAUCCAGCAAGAGUGUGUUUGCCUGUGUGAUGCUUUUAGGGCAGAAAAGGGACCAUUCAAUCCGCAGGUCACAUUAAACAGUGCUAUCUCGAAUGUCAUUGCCUGCUUGUUAUUUGGACAGCGCUUUGACUAUCAUGAUGAAUAUUACCAAAACAUCCUGCGCCUUGACACUGAAUGCAUUCAGCUAUCUGGCUCACCUAGGGUACAGUUGUACAAUGUGUGUCCUUGGCUUUUUGAAUACAUACCUGGCCCUCACCAAAAAAUGUUUGCCAACUAUAAGAAGAUCACAGAUUUUCUGAGGGGAGAGAUUAAAAAACACAGAGAGGACUGGGACCCUUUAAACCCUCGUGACUUUAUAGACACCUACCUGGCAGAGAUGGAGAAGAGAAAGAGUGACCCUGAAGCUGGCUUUAAUAUAGAAAGUUUAGUUGUGUCUUGCCUUGACCUGUUUGAAGCUGGGACAGAGACGUCAACAACCACAUUACGCUGGGGUUUGCUCUUUAUGAUAAAGUUUCCAGAAAUACAGGUAAAGGUCCAAGAAGAGAUAGAUCGAGUCAUUGGCCAGAUUCGUCAACCCAGCUUGGCUGACAAAGUUAACAUGCCUUAUACUGAAGCCGUACUGAAUGAGAUACAAAGAUUUGGUAAUGUUCUGCCACUGGGACCCUCGAAACAAGCUGUUAAAGACACUAUGAUUGGGAAAUACAUUGUUCCAAAGGGCACCGUCCUUACAACAAACCUGUCUUCAGUUCUGAAUGAUCCAGAUGAAUGGGAAACACCCCAGACCUUUAACCCUCAACACUUUCUGGAUGAUAAGGGCCAGCUUCGAAAGAGAGAUGCCUUUAUACCAUUUUCAGCAGGUAAGAGAUCAUGCUUGGGAGAGCAGCUGGCUCGUAUGGAGCUUUUUCUUUUCUUCACCACCAUGCUGCAGCGGUUUACCUUCUCUAAAUGUCCAGGAGAGGAGCCCACUUUGGAAGGAGAGAUGUGGUUCACAUACGCUCCUUCUCCCUUCAGCAUUUGUGUGACCUCACGUUAGACUUUGUACCAGAGUCAAACACGUUUGUUUACUGUAUAUUAUAAGGAAAAAGAAAAUCUUACAAAUGAUGUCUAUCGAAUAUUUUAUGAUAUUAUUGGAUAUUUUCAUUAUUUUACAGUUUUAUAUCAUAUCUGUGUUCAUGUGUUCUGUAAAGCUUCACUGUCAGAAAUAAAGGUACAAAAGUUGUCACUGGGGCAGUACCCUUUAAAAAAGGUCCUAUAUGUACCAGUUAGGUACAAAUAUGUAUCUUUGAACUACCAAUAUGUACCUUCUGACGUACUAAUAUGCACUCUUUGGGUACAAAGGUGUACCUUUUUGUCCCAAUGAUAACUUUUGUACCUUUAUUACAUUGCAACAUUGCAGAAAGCAUAAUAAAAAUAAGAAAUUAUUUGAUUGAUUUACUGUAAUAAUGGAAAAUCAUAAAAGGAUAAUUUUGUAUUAAAUAGAUAGGGUUUUUCUUCUAAGUUCUGACUUUUUUGUCUCAAAGUAUGACUUCAAUUUAUCUGAUGUGUUAAUGAAGCAAUACUUCAAGUUUUAUUCUUCAUAUUAGUUUUCCUAUAAAUUAUUGGGCAGCUUUAGUGUUUUUACACCCUUAUGGAACCUUUCCAUCAAUAAAAACAAUAUUUUAACAUGGGUAAAACACAGAAUGUUUGAAAAUCCCCAUUAUUGUCAUACAGCAUGUUUUCUUGUUUGUUUUUCUUAAUGAGACCGUCUGGCAACAUCCGUGAUUGUACAAAGUUUUCCCCCUUACAGGAAAAGCCACAUCAAUUUGACAUGUGCAAAAACCCAUGGGAUCACACAAGAAAAACAAGUCACUGCUUGUUUCACAUGUGAAAUUCAUGCUGUUCACAUGUGAAAAACCUGAAGUUCAUAUGCUUUCUGUAGGGUCUUUAAUGCAACACAUUUACAACGUUUUAAUGCUAAUAGUGUAUAGAUACAUACCACAUUGUUUACACGUUGUAAUGUGUACGGCAUAAAUGUAAAUUAUUUAUGUGAUAUUUACUAUAUGUAAAUUAAAACUGGAUAAAAAAUGUGUAAUUUAAAAACAACAUUUUAUUAUUAUAUGUUAUAAGUUGCAGGUAUAAUGCAAAGAAAAAUUAUUGCACUUUUUUGCCCUCAUCAGCCUGUUGUCAAAUAAGAUCGUUUUGGAUUUCAACAAAACAACUGUUAAAUGUUAUUCUUUCAAAGACUGUUUUACAUUCAGUGAAAACAACUUUUUGUUAUAAGAGUCAUUGUUUUGCCCCAAGUCCUGCUGUGUAUUUCACCUAGUGGAUAAGAUGAAGCAGUGCAGAAAACAUAAAGUAAUAUACUGUGCUGUUUUAUCGUUAUCUAGGGUAGGGGACGAUAAAUGAUAAAUGUUUUUCAACUGUAGGGGUUUCCCCUCCACCCUCUGGAAUUUGGAAUGGCUUAUAUAAUGUCUCUCUACUCCAAUGUUCACAUUUCCCAGUCCUGAACAAAUACUCGGUCUGUACACUCACAGAGAAUCCUGCAUCUCCUUUAACAUCAUGAUCCUUAACGUCAUUUACGACAGCCUUGAUUUUAAGAGCUGGAUGAUUUUGAUUUUUGUUUUACUGAUUCUGUAUGAUGUCUUCAAAAAUAAGAAUCCAUCUAAUUUC